AUGUCAAACAAAGUUCACCCCGCUACUGAAGCGGCGCGUAAAAGCUCCAAUGUGAGCGAAGAACGCGAAAAGUGGACUGCAAAAGCCGACUUCAUCAUGUCGUGCAUUGGUUAUGCCGUUGGGCUUGGAAAUAUCUGGAGAUUUCCUUAUCUUUGUUACAAGAACGGAGGAGGUAAUUCUGUCACUUCUCAAAUAUACUGGUUUAUGAAUAGUUUUAAAAAUGACCAUUGAAACACAGAGUAUCACUUUAUAAAAGAACUUAACAGAGUUUUGUGGUCUGCGGAUGAAAAACCUAACUGAAUGUGACCUUUCAAAUGAGAGUUAUUGGGCAGUACUUUAUGUUGCACGACUGUUCAUUCUAACAUUUGAGUCUGUAGAAUGACAGUUAUUAAGCCGAACGUUUCCGCGGUACUGUUUAUUACUGAUGCUGCACAAGGUGGUUCUAACUUUUGAGACCGUGGACGAAAUCUGAAAGUGUGACCAUUCAAAUAAAAGCUACUGAGCAGUACGUUACCUGUGAUGCUGUUUAUUAUGCUUUAGAUGUGCUUCCACUUUGUACUCUUUGUUUUUAAGUAUAUUACAACAUUGAAUUUGAGAUUUUUUCUGACGUUUCCAGUUAGGGUAAAUUAAAACAGGUCCGCUUCAUACAUAUUUGCCAUUAGCUUAUAUAUGUUAAUUUUCCUAUAUUAACAGCUUCUUUCCUCAUCCCGUAUUUCCUAACGUUAAUAACCUGUGGUAUUCCACUCUUCUACCUUGAGCUGGCCCUCGGACAGUAUCUGAGCCUCGGCGCCGUCAAGGCUUGGGCGGUAGUUUGUCCUGUAUUAAAAGGUACGUCGUAAUUUAAGUUAACUGCGUCAUGUGUUGUUAAUUAAACUCAGCCAUGUGUGAUCUGUUCUUGGUUGCCUGUAUUAAAAUUAUGCAAAAUAGAAGAGUAAAAUCAUCUUAAAACAGCUUUUGACGCUGGUGCUGCAACACGCUUACGAUGGAAUACGAUAACAAACUUUCCUUUUCUGUAGUUUGCUUGCUUCAUGUUAUUUUCGAUCUUUUUUGACUUUUUACGUUCCAGAGCACAAUUUAGUGAAUAAAUCAUUUUUAAAAAAACUCUUCUGUUUGACAGGUCUUGGGGUGGCUAUGGUUAUAACUUCAUUUUUGAUAUCAGUAUAUUACAAUGUGGUGAUUGCGUGGAGCCUUUUGUAUCUUUACCACUCGUUUUCACCGGAAAUUGCUUGGAAAUCGUGCGGCAACGAAUGGAACACAGCAUUUUGCAGGUAAAAUAAUUAGCCUAGACACAAAACAAGAGAGCACUCGCCUUACACCAAUAUGGCCUGGGUUCGUGUACGACGCAACAUAUGAGUUAGUCUUAUCUCAAUUUGUUGUUCGUUCUCCUCUCUGCUUCAAAAGGUUUUCCUCCGGGUACUACGGUUUUCCCUCUCCUUCAAAACCAACAUGUCCAAAUUCCAAUUCGCUGGAAAAUUUUUUCAGUCAGUUGGGAACGCAGGUUCAUCAGUCAGUCUUGCAACUGUUUAAAAGUGUCACAAUCUCAAAACAGUUAGACAAGUUUAAUGCUAAUAAUAUUUUUUUUAACAACGCCGUAGCUACGAUGCAAGACGAGGUACUCGCUAAUUGCAAAUCCAUGCUGCUUCAAGUUACAUUUUUACCAUAAUCGAAUGAUAUGGUAAUCAACAGAAACACUAGCUGUGGCGAUUUCAUCGUUUUUUAAUAUUUUUUUUCUUUUUAGUGAAGAAGGUUGGGGCAAUUUCACCUACAAUUGCACGGCUAUGGGAAGACCGCUGAACUGUACCAUGCAACUCACAUCUCCUAGUGAGGAAUUCUGGGAGUAAGUGAAACGUUUUUCUAUAGGUUCAACCGUUUUAAAUCAGAGCCCUGGGGGUGGGGAAGCCGAGAGAGAACUUUGCCGUAGGCGUCAACUUAGAGCUAUUAGAGCGUUUUUCCAAGAAAAAUCUGAUGCUAAAGGUCUCCAAAAACAUUCAUUUAUUCAUUCCUUUUCAUUCAAAAACAGCCUAUCAAAAACGUUCACCACGAAUGAGGGAUAAACUGACGUUGGGUAGAUUGCUGAAGGGUAAAUUUUAAGUAUGUUAUCUGCACUAUAAUUCUUCAAAUUGUGCAACGCAAGUAAUCGAGUGACUAGCGAAGUUAAUUUUAUUUGAAGCUCUCAAAGUCAGCGCGCGCAUGUAACGUCACGUCUUUGUUUUUGAAUUUCAUUUGAACGUUACAUUGCGCGUGCAAUUUUCAGUUGCCUUCGAACGAAUGAAGAAGAGGGAGCACCCGCGAAGCGUCUGGUUUUCCUUCUUUUUACACGCAUAUUUUGAAAACCUUUGCCAUUCGCUUAAUAGUAAUGUAAAUGACUGCCAUAGCAGAUACGGAUCUUUUCGCCCAUGUCUAGAACAAGCCGUCCUCUGAGUCCCGCCUCUCCCGACGCCGAGACGUCGCGAACGCUGCGAGUCAUUUACAUAUUUACGUUUCGGUUUUUUCUUUUUCAGACGAUACAUUCUCGCAAUUUCAAAUGGAAUUGAUGAGCCAGGUGAAAUCCGUUUGCCACUGGCCACGACUUUGCUGAUCGCCUGGGCUGUUGUGUAUUUUUGCUUGUACAAAGGAAUUAAGUCAUCUGGCAAAGUAAGUAGAAACCAGGCCCACCUUUCACAUAUACUAAUGUAGUGUAAACUGUAGUACUUCAAGCGUAACGGUUUCUUCUGGAACCGUUUUAGCUGUAACUUAAAAGGGAUGGCAAUUUCAUCUUAAAGAAAUUCCAAUUCCAGCUGAUUAAAAAGUUGCGUGCAUAUUAUUAAAAAAGCUUCAAAACAAGUUACACCCGCCAGGGAGAGUAUGUGUCGUUUGACUUGAAUUUGGUUGUCUUCCUUUUAUAAGGAAGGACAAUCAGAUUCAAAUCAAACGACACAUAAUGAAUUUCCUCGAUUAAGUGCCCACGCUCUAAUACGCGCGCCCUCCCCCGAAUAAUCGCCUACUUCCCAGGUCAAAUAUCAAACAAGCACCCCUCUUAAGUAAGCGCUCCCUCCCCAUAACACUUUCUUAAUGGUAGGAAAACAAGUAAAACCUUUUUAUAUUGCGACUUUAUCAAUAACUUUUUAAGCUUUAAUUUAAAUAUCUAUACCAAUACACUGCUGUGGUGGAAAGUGUGCGAUGGGAAUACGGUACGCUGGAUUAACAACAGGAGGAAAAUUACUCAAUAAGUGCCCCCUUGAUUAAGCGCCCUCCUUUCUCCUUUUAGCCAAAAAUUGCCCUUGCAAAGUCAAUUAGAAAUAAAUCCUGUUAAUUCCAUUUUUAAGCUUAUCAGUCCUUAUCUAUUCAUGCGCAUUCAUAGCCAUUUCAGUAAUCUUGGUUCUUUUAUAAUCACAUUUGCAGUUGUACAGUGUAGUUGUUAGAGUGAUUUUACUUGCCCCAUGAAAUAGGUAGUAGAACAGUACGCAGUAUUAUGCACUAAUUCUAUUGUCUUCUUUUGUUUAUUUGUAGCUAUUUUGCACUAGUUAUUACUAACUGUUUCACGGGUCAAGUAAAAUCACUCUAUGAUAAACUGAAUCUUAAAAGAAAUGAAUGUCGUAACAGCACGCAGGUUAGCCGCCGGUAAGGUUAUAACUGACAAGGCUGUUUCCGAGUUAGAAAGCUUACUCAAACGGCAAAGUUUCGUGUUAUUCUCUUUUAUUAUCAGGUUGCGUAUUUCACCGCCAUCUUCCCGUACGCUAUACUUCUGUCCCUGCUGAUCAGAGGAGUCACCCUCCCUGGCGCAGUCGACGGAAUCAUGUUUUAUCUUAAACCUGACUUCAACAAGCUCUUGGAACCACAGGUAUAAAGCGUUUGUCUGCUUACUUAACUGCGACAGGAUUAGCUCAGUUGGUAGCGCGCUUGAAUGCAGAGGGGGAAGUCGCGGGUUCGUUCGCCGGGGCCGGACCAACACUCAGGGUCUUAAAAUAACUGAGAAAUGAAGGUACUCCCUUGCACUACAAGCGGCUAAGCUAAACCUUCGCGUGGCUCGGAUGAACUGGUAAAAUGGCGGUCCCGUCUCCAGUUGGAGAGGUAAAAAUCGUGUCUCCAAUUAGUACUUUCGUGCUAAAUACACUGACUCUCAAACAAAGUGCAUUUUUUGCUGACGUAACUGCUGGUUUGCGCGUGACAUCAGGGCGGCCAUUUUAAUUGUAAAGAACAAAAGCAUUUCUCUCCUUCUGAACUCCUUUUUUUCAUGUAAUUUUUUCGAGAAAAAAUACAUUUAGGUCCCGUCAACAGAUAUCCGGUAUUUUUUAAAAUGGAGAUUUUUUUCUCCGUUUUCAACAAAGACGCAUCUACAUGUAGCGUGUCUAAUCACUCUCGUGAGUACCAACAUGGCCGCCUUGUCACGUGGUUGCAAACCUUGCAAAGCAACACUGUCAUGUUGCCUUUUUUGACGUAAACGGAAUUCUUGUUGUAUUUUAGGUUUGGAUCGAUGCUGCAUCACAGAUUUUUUUCUCACUCAGCGUUGGUCUCGGAGGUCUGGUUACGUUUGCUAGCUACAACAAAUUUAACAACAAUUGUGAAAGGUAACAACACACUAUCAAACAAUCGAUCAUCGGGUGUCCUACUACAUUCUUUACGGUAAAGCUGGGUUUUUCCUCACAGCAUUAUUAGGGGUAUAUCAAGGAUUAGGUAAGAAAAGGAGAGUGUAUCUAAGGUAAGAAGCGGGGUACACGGAUACCCAGCGACCCCCUUCCUCACCCCACCCCCCCGGGGACAUCCGCCCCUAGUUCUCAGAUCUCUUUUAAGAGAUCUCUCAUCCAUAGCACCGUGCAAAAGUGACCCUGGCUCCUGCCCAUUACAAGAGCUAUUGGAGUAAUUUAGCAACAGAACGGGCAAGUUAGUUGAGGAAGUGCGCGGAAAGGACUGAACACGACUUCCGGUGCUCAAUUUGUCGCUCUGGCAAUCUGCCAUUGGUGAAGCCAAUUUUUUUAUUUGCGCGCGCCGUCGUCACUGUCGUUACGUCGUGUCUUUGCUAAAUCUGCCUAUUUCCAAGUUCUAAAGACGUCUGCUAAGCAGUGGUAUGCGUAGACAUUUCUGUAAACAUAUGAAAAUAAAACCUUUAAUUAGAGUGUUUGUCCAAGUGCGACACCCAUCUGCAAACUAUCGUGGAGUAGCAAUUAACCUUAACGAUGUUUUAUUGCUCACUUUCCGAACUCAAGGAGUUACGAUUGUUAUGAUCAUCAUCGUAAAUUUAGCACUGUUUCGUUGCUUCAUUGUUCCCAGAGACGCUGUUGUUGUAUCCUCGAUCAACUGCAUGACAAGUCUGUUCGGCGGAUUUCCUAUUUUCAGCGUCAUCGGAUUUAUGGCCCACACACUAAAGAAAGACGUGUCAGAGGUUGUUUCCUCAGGUAAAAAAACAGUCAAGUAAUAUAUCGAACAUGAGAUGCAGUGUUUCAUCACCAGAUGAAACACCGAGAAGAGAGUUGAAAAUACGACGCGCAGCGGAGUAUUUUUGACGAACUUCGAGGUGUUUCAUCUGGUGAUGAAACACUGUGUCGAAUGUUUGAAAAACAAAAUCAUUUUUGAAGGAGAAAUUAAGGAUGUCAAGCAGUGUUUCAUCCGAUUUCAGGUUAAAAUUAAUUUCAAGUAUUUUCUUAAUGAAUUAUUAAUGAGGUUGAGAAGUAGACAUGACUCUCUCGAAACACCGGAAUUCUCCAAAUUUGUACGUGAUCAAAUGUUUUUUUCGUUUUUUGUGCUCAUUUCCGUGUUCGCGAAUGUUCCGUUGUGUUCCGUGUUCCGUGUUUUAGUGCAUAAUGAUAAUCUCCAACAUCGCGGCAAUAUGCAAAAAACAUCCCCCACAGGGGCGGAUCUAGGGGAGAGGUGGAGGGUGCAGGGGGUGCGCACCCCCCCCCCACCCCCGAGAUGACCUGCGGUUUUCUAAUACAGCUGGUAUUCUGCAAAAAAACUAUGUGGUUUAUUGGUGUUGAAGUAGAGCAAGAGACGAGUGCACCCCCUCCUAAAAAAAAUCCUGGAUCCGCCCCUGCCCCAAUACUCUUUAUUUCCAGAAUUACGCAAAAAUAAAUAGCGCAGCUUUGCCUGCGAUAAAAUCCCAACAUAUUUCAGCCUCCAAAUGUACUUUCUCUAACAAUUUGCGUGUGAUUGCCAAAUCGGUUUUGGUAAAAUUACAAACGAUUCAAAUUACCUUUCUGAUUCUGUUUCUGUGAUUAUGGUUCUGUGAAGAUCAUAAUAAUUAUUGAGAUUAUGAGCAUGAUUACGAUUUAGCGCCUUUGAUAUUUCUCAUUUGAACCAACAUUAAGCAUUACCGAUUCCGACUUUUGCAGGACCGGGAAUUGGUUUUGUGGCCUACCCAGAAGGCAUUGCUCAGAUGCCUGGUGCCUCAGUUUGGGCUGUACUGUUUUUCUUUAUGCUGUUUACUAUUGGACUCGGAAGUCAGGUGAGCCGACUCGUAAUUCUACCCCUUGAUGAUGUGAGAACUCACUGAGAACAAACUGUAUUGUACUUAAGGAAAAAAAGAUAGUGGCCCAAUUGCCUCCUCUCUAUUCAGUACUACCAGUCUGUCCUAAUCUGAAAUGUCUUACAUCCCCCAGCCCCUAACCCGUGGGGGACGCGAGGGAGAUAAAGCGCGCCCCCACGGGUUAGGGAGUGGAGACGUAUGACAUUUCAGACUAAGUCUGUCCCUCCCUUCAUAUGAUUUUAUUACCCGCUCAUAGCGAUCAUCUUUCUUCGUUUUCUUUCCCUCUCCCUCCUUUGCCAUAUAUUAACCUUUCCCUCUUCUUUUCUUUCCAACUUUCGCCUCUACACUUUCCUCUCUCUCUCUCUCUCUAAUCUUGAUUCCCCCUUUCCUUUCUUCUCCUUCGGGUAAUCGGCUCACCUCCCUCUAUUCUCUCCCCUCUCCUCUUGCCUCUCCCGAUGCGUCACUCGUUUGAAUAAAACUAUCUCUGCACUAAUUCAUAUUCUUGCCCUUUUGUCGACGUACAGUUUGUGUUCACGGCCACAAUUAUGGCAGCGUUAAUGGACAGUUUCAGCAAACUGCGGGCAUACAAGGGAUUAGUUCUCCUGGUCGUGUGCCUCGUAUCCUACCUUAUUGGACUUUCCUGUGUUACUCAGGUAACGUUGCUUUGCGAGGAUAGUAACCCCACCCCUGCGAAUUUUAUAUAGAGAUUCUCUGAUGUGAUUCUGUGUGUAGGGCGCUGUGAACGGAGGGUUCCUUUGUAGAACCCUUCUUGAAGCUAGGGGAGAGGACCGUUGACAGUUUUUGUUUUAUUGUUUACUUGUGUUUUUGCUUCUCCAAUUGUGUACCACAAAUUAUUAUUAGCUUGUUAUAAUCUCAAUUCUGUUUUUACUAUUGGUACAAUAAAAUUGUUGUUGUUGUUGUUUUUUUGUUGUUGUGUCGUCCUUUACACGAAUGAUUUGUCUUACCAAGACUGCGUCACAAAGCAGUGAUACUCUAAAUGCUUUCCUCAUAAUUACUAUGUUCAAAUUCAGCAUAUGUGUAGCAUAAGCCAAUUGUUUCUAGUAUUCCGUUAAGUUAUCUCAUCUAGCCAGGGACCAUUGAGGCUCCUUGGUGGGUUUAAAAAGGCAAAAAACGGGAUGAAACAGCAAAAAACAUCGGCGAGCGAACGAGAGGAAGGAAAGGCUCAGACUCCCGCCCGGCUCGUUUCGCUCACCGAUUUUUGAUUUUUUUACGCCUUUUUUACCCACAGCGGAGCCUGGUCCUAGGCUAUUUCUGAUCCGAUCACAGUGUUUUUGUUAUUUUCUAUUUAGGGUGGAAUCUAUGUGCUGAAUAUCUUUGACAGCCAGAGCGCUGGUUUAUCGUUGAUUUUUGUGGUCAUUUUUGAGGCAUUAGCCGUCAGCUGGGGAUACGGUAGGUACCAUUUCACCCGUCAAUUCGCCACUUUAGAAACAAGAGGGAAACUGGGCCGAGUUACCUUUCGCAAAGACUUCUGGGACUGUUACUGGUGACAGGUAAAAACAUUGGCCAAUAGCAGCGUGUCCCCAGUGAUGAUCCUAAAAACAACUGCCGGACACAUUUCGGCUCCAGUUCCUUUCGUGUUUGUUAAGUGGCCAAUCGUACUGCCUCAAAGAUAGUAUCACCUGAUCGUGAAGAAGGAGUCAUAAUUCUGCCAUUGUUUUACGACAGGGGCUGAUAAGUUCUGUGAUAACAUCUAUUCCAUGAUUGGGAAGAAACCAAACUUGUAUUUUAGAGUUUGCUGGAAAUAUGUGACACCUGCUGUUGGAAUGGUAAGUAAAAAAUAUCGGAUAAGGAAAGAAAACAUCUUACCUUUUCUGAGUCCUAGUCUCCUCUCACAUUAAUGCCGCGAAUCACUGGGAGCGCAUGCGCGAAUAUAGACUCUUCCCCAGUCAAGCCUCGGGCAAAUUCAAUGAGAACAGACGCGCCGUCACGAAAAUUUCAUCUCUUUCAAUUCUGAAAAAGUCGGAAUUGGGAACGAAUAUAGUAUAGUUUAGCUUUGUUGUGUCUGGUAUCUUUAGAUUUUUCGUGACGUAUUGAGUAAAACCAGUACGUUUCAGAGAAGGGCUGAAUAGUUUCUCCAUCUUUUUUACAUCACAGCUUAUUUUAUUGGGAAGUAUUACUCAAUGGAAAAGACUCGGUUACGAUGGGUAUGUCUACCCUGAUUGGGCCCAGGCCGUCGCGUGGCUGUUGGCUCUGUGUUCGUUUGUUGCGAUUCCCGUUCGAGCGAUAACGGAGAUAGUUCAUCAUAAGGGCUCUUUCAGAGAGGUAAGGUCAAAGCUUUUUUUAUAUUAUUUGUUUCAAUAUAUUAUACAUUCAAAACAUUUCCCCGUUCCUGACUGGCUCAAAUCCCCGGAUAAAAUUUGGACAGGCAAAUGUUAAGAAGUUCGGUCAUUCCCGAAAUAAGUUUAAGCACUCAAAGCCGAGUUGUAGACACAUCAUAUCAAUGCUGGAGAGCUUCCGGUCUUGUUUAGGACUUUGCUUAUCUUAUCUUUCUUGUUCUACUCUGCAGCGGUUAAUGAGAGCCGUACGCGCGGAUGUAAGUGUUCUCAAUGCAGUUGCGGAUCGUCACAAUUUGAGACCACAAAGGUAAGAUAGUAGGCAGAGAGAAGACAACCCAACAUCAAGUAAUGACAACUCGAAGGCGCGAAAAGGACUAAACACGACUUCCGGUGCACAAUAUUUUGCUCAUUCAUUGGCUAAGCCGUUUUUCAGACCCUUCGAGUCGCAUACGCCACAUCCACAUUUCCCAUAAUGCACCUUCACUCGAACAGUCAUAACAACAAACAAGUCCGUUGUUUACGUUAAUGCAACCUGCGAGCGGGCGUUUUCUUUUUCCGAAGGGGCGCUAAGGUCUUCGAGGGGCAAAGGAGAAAUCGCCAUCCAAAGAAAAAGCAGCAAAGAAGGACCACCUGAUUGCAUAUCAACGUAAAUGUUACAAGCUACACACGACUUUUUACCAGAGAUCACUAAAUCCGAACACGAUUAACCUUAAAUCGAGUUUCGUAUUAUCAAAAUUAAAUGCCAUUUUUAUGCUCUUUUUUCAGUAAAUGUGCAGAAACAAGGGUUGAAAUACAUGCCGUAGCAUGGAAGGAAAAUCCUCCGGAGUCAAUUGUGUAG